AGAUUAUACGCUACUUCUUAACUUUUAAAUGCAUCUUUUCGGCUUUUGACCACCCCUAUUAUAUCAAUGACAUGAUCCGGUGUUGCCCUUUGACAUCAAACUGAAGUGAAAACAUCUCUUCCCAAUGGCAGCAGUCCUGACAUCAGCGUGUGUCAGAAACAAGGUGUUCCCUGUCCUGCUGCUGUCCAACACCUCCACACGUCUGCACACUGCACCUACCAGACUGCUGUGGGGAUGGCUCAAUACUGUCUUCAACAAGGUUGAUGACAAGCGGAUUGAGCAAGUGGGUCCAGACCGAGCGGCGGCAGAGUGGCUGCUGAGAUGCGGCGCUCACCUCAGGUUCAAGGACAGACCCUCCUGGCAGAGAGACUACAACACCCUCCCCACAGGACCUCCACAGAAGUUCAAGAUCGAGGAAAUUGAUGCCACAGACUCGGGUGUCAUGCACAUCGGAUUUGAACAUUUCAAACAUCUGAAGCAUGUGAAGUCUGUGACACUGAACAGGUGCAUGUACAUCACAGAUGAGUGCAUAGGGAAGCUGAACCUCCUGGCAGGUACACUGCAGCACCUGGAGGUAUCCAGCUGUGGAAACGUCACUGAUAAAGGACUCAUGCAGCUUAAAGACCUGAGUUUGUUGGAGACUCUGAGAUUGUUUGACCUACCAGCUGUGAAAGACAAGACUGGCACAGUCCAUCUGCUAGAACAUGCCCUGCCAAACUGUAAGAUAGAUGCAGAGGGAAUAUGAGAAGACUGAGUAAAACAAUGUUUCACCCUGCUGGUGAAAUAAAUAACAUGAGAAACCCCAGCUGAUUUGGUUCUAGAGGAACAUACCAUUCCUGAAUGCUGUUCAGUACUGGCUGGAGGCCAAGCCUAAUUUCUCUGUGUUCAGCCAUAUUUGAAUAUGUCAUGACUACUUUUAAUGUGUCACAAAGGCUGUUGACUUGAGGAUGGGAGACUUGGCAGGGCUAGUACUACUUCUAGUUCUCUCAGUCACUCAAUGUUUCUGCUCAAGACAAUAUAAUAAUCAAUAUGUAACACCAGAGUAAGCUUUUGAACUGAGUUUUUAACUCUGUUGACAACACAGUACAAACCUGAAACAUAUGCAGGUUUGCUGGGAAAUGUUAAGGAGUCUGUUUUAUAUGUUUUCUUUGGCAACAUGAGGCUUAAUGGAAAGGAUAGGAUUGCAAGAUAAGAUAUUGCAAGGGAAACAUUCAUACUUUAAAACAAAUGUGUAUGUUUUUCUCCUGCACAGCAUGAAAUAUGUGACCAUCCUUGUGAUGCUUUAUAUAUAAUUUGAUGGAUGUGUUAUAAUGUAAGUAAUAUUCAGGAAGCCAUAGAGGCAGUUUAAGUGUGGUUCAAUCAACCUCUGUGAAACCGUUAGUAGGUUUAAUAAAGACAACAUGUGGUU